GUGUGGACGGGCCUUAACAGAUGACUGUCAAAUUUGGUUGGCUGUUGGUAUUAGUACGGAAUUUUUAUGAAUUUUUCUCGAAUAUUUGGGAAAAUGGGUAAAUUUUAUGAAUUGAAACCAAUAAAAUUAGGAUGUGAAGUUAGAGGCAUAGACCUGAAGACAGAAAACAGGCAAGAGGUUAUCGAUGAGAUAAAGAAAGAUGUUGCAGAACAUAGAAUAUUAAUAUUCAAAGAUCAAGGAGUGAUUUCUGGUCAGAGGCAUGUGGAGAUAAGCAGGUGGUUUGGAGAGCUGGAGUCAACAUUCUAUAAGCAUCCAAAAUCACCACAUCCAGACGUUUUUAGAGUUUCCAAUGUAGCCAAUGAAGGCUGUGUAGGGGUUGGUCGAACUGGCUGGCACAUUGAUGGUUCUUUCCAGCCAGCUCCAUUUGCCUAUUCUUUAUACCAUAUAGUGUCAGUGCCAAAGAAAGGCAACACAGUCUUUGCACCUUUGACAGAACUGAUUGAAGGCCUUAGUACUGAAAAGAGAGCAGAGUGGGAGAGAUUGUGGAUGGUCAGUGACAGACGCAGUGGUCCAAUACAUCCUCUUAUCUACACUCAUCCAGUCACCAAGAAGAAGGUUCUUUGUUUUCAUCUUGGUAUGACAAAUAAUUAUCUGUGGGACAAAGGAACUCCUAAUGAGCGUUUUGCUACAGAGGAAGAAUUUGAUCGCAUUACGAGAGACAUACAUAAUGAAUUUGUUCGGGAUGGUGGAAAAAUACAAUAUUCUCACAAGUGGGAGGCAGGAGAUUUCAUCAUUUCUGACAAUCUUGCUGUUGGUCAUGAAGCCAGCCCCGAAACACAGCUUCCGCACAGCGAAGUUGGACUACGUGUCAUGCAUCGUACAACUGUCAAAGGAACGACACCUCCACAAAAGUGAACAGCUUUAUUUAUGGUACAUUCUAGAAAUUAUGUUAAAGAUUCACUGAGAUGUUUUAAAGUUGUUAGUAAAUGAAGAAAGAUUUUUAUUGUUUUAGAAGUUGCUCUCUGUCAGUGAGUUAAAUGCGGUAUAUACAUAGUGACUAUAAAGAUCAUCAGUAUCUUUCCAGACUUUGUGAAAAUCAUAAUUAAUACAUUUAUGCUUUCAUAACUGGUUUUGUUAAUAUGCUAUGUUAAUUUAGCUUUACAAUAAUGUAGAAAUAGCAAUGCUGACUGCAUCUGUUGUAAAUUCUGUUACUAUAAAUGACCCUAAUGUUUAAGUGGAACAAAAAGUCUUGUACAGAAGCCUCUUCAACACAGUUUUACAGACUACUGUAUGAGUGUAACGGUGCCAAAACCUGUGGGGGGAGGGGGUCAUGCCAACCCCCAUCUCCAACCCACAGCUCUCGCGCAAAGCAAGAAACUACAGUCUAGUUAGGUGUUCUUCUUUCAAGAAAAUGAUGUAAAAGUCAGUAUAACAUAGCUUUUCAAUAAGAUCAUAACUAGAACUUUUUUAUGGCAAAUAUCAAGUUGACAUUUGUGUUCAAAAAUAUUAAAAAUACUCCAUACCUGCAGGUCUAGAUCCUCAGCCCUGGACUGUUGUAUACUGUAUGGGUGUCCUUGUAUGAAUGUUUUGAUUAAAAAAUAAAUAAAUAAAUAAAUAAUAAUAAUAAUAAUAAUAAUAAUAAUAAUAAUAGGGAAAUUGGCCAAGUGUGAGUAGGACUCACACUGUGCUGGUUCCUUACAAAUUUUAUUUAUGUGUAUAGAUAGUUCAUCCAUCCCAGUAAUUGAGACUCUUAUUUGGUUGUUAAUAUUGAUAUAGGCAAGAUAACGUCCGACUCUUCGGAGAAUGUUUUAAGUUUAAAUUUUUUCUGUAAUUUUGCAGUUGCUAUUGUAAUUUCUCAUGUGCAUUAUUAAUUCUGGAGUUUUAUUAACAUGCUAUUGUAUGUAGCACCAAUUACGUAAACAUUUUUAAAAUUGAUUGUUGAAUAAUGUUUGAGUUCACUGAUUCAGAGUUGAAAGAUCAGUGAGAAUAAUUUUUUGCAAUCCUGUGUGCUUAGUCAUCAUUUAAGUUUUUAAAUGAUACUAAUUGAAGUAAUUUAAAUGUGGUCGGAAUUGAGUAAUGGAUAUUGAAGUCUGAUUCUUCACUUCAAACCACAUGAAAUUUCAAAAUUUAGUCCAGGGAUUCAAAAUCCCAUCAAAACUAGAAGUGGAUAUUUUACUAAUAAGUAUUUACCAAAAAAUAAUAAAAAACCAUCCCCAAAAAUUAUAACUACAACAUUGGUGUCCUUAAGAUGAGAGUGAGUAGAUGUUUACCAGAUCAGAACAUUUCCACCUAUGAUCAGGUGAGACUGGAGUCAAAUGUGGGUUUAGUAGUUCAUAUGAAAAUUGAAAAUUAAAUUAAAAUGAUUAAUUAAGUAUUAAAUUUGAACCAAAUUUGUAAAUGAUGACAAAAAAUAAUGAACAGUACUGCAUUGUGUAUUGAGGUUGGCAAAAACAAUGUUGAUAAACGUAUUAGCUCUUGCAGUGCCUUGGCUUAUUUAUGGUAAUGUCCCUUUGGAGGAAAAACAUAGUAAAAUAGCAUUUUGGGGUUUGGUUUUAAAAUAUUUGUUGAAAUCUCCUAAAACAAUCAUUCGAGAAAUGUAACUGUUGACAUUGUCAUCCUAUAUUGCCAUGUCUGUGUAUUCUGUAGCAGCAUUGGUUGGACAGCAAUGCACUGGACCUCGAACGUUUCAAAAUGAAUUAUUUAAAGUGAGGAUGGAAGGUGGAAAGGAAAGCAAUGGGAAGGAACUAGUGAUAUCAGGUGCACUGGGACUUUAUGCAGAAUCAACAGCGACAAGUGAAAAUGUAUGCUGGACUGGGACUAGAACCUGGGAUCUCCUGCUGACUAGGCAGAUGAGUGAACCACUGCACCAUCUGUAUAUGGCGUUUAUCGCAAAUGCGUGGACUAUCUCAACAUGCUCCCCUACCGACUCACAUUCCCACCUAGAACCACCUGUCUGUAGUCCCAUCCACAUCAUUCAUGCUAUCUAAUUUUAGAUUCUUGCCGGAGGUCAAAUGCAAAUAUGCAUCUGUACUGAUGGUUGUGGAUUCAUUGCCCAUUGAGAUGAAUCAAUUAUACAAAUGUGUGAUGUCUGUUCUUUUAGACAUUUAUUAAAGAACAGAAACCACCCAAAACCUCCAACUGUGAUACAUAUUAUGUAAUUUCAAAGUGGAGGGUGGAGAGGAAAGGAAUGGGAAGGAACUAAUGAUAUCAGCUGUGUUAUUACUUUAUGUGGAAUUGGCUGUGACAAGUGAAAAUUUGUGCUGGUCUGGGACUCAAACUUGGGCUCGCCUGCUUACUAGGUAAUCACAUUAACCACUACACCAUCUGGACACAGUGUGUAUCACAAAUGCGUGACUCUCUUGACAUGCUCCCUGGCCAGCUUACAUUACUACCUAACAUUACCUAUCUGCAGUUCCCGUCCAUGUCCUCCAUGCUCACUAAUUUUAGAUUUCUGCAGAGGUUGAACACAGAUGUGCAUCCACAAGAAGUUUGUGGACUCAUUGACCAUCAAGGCAAAUCAAUUAUACGAAUGUGUGGUGCCUGUUCUUUCGAACAUUUCCAGGUAAAUGUCCUCAUCUGGCACAUAUAUUCAUUCAUCGCCUCUGAUUCCACAGAAAGUCCCAAUGCAGUCGAUAUCAUCAUUUCCAUCCAUUCCCCCCCCCCCC